AUGGGGAGGUUUGUGGCUGCCCUGGUUUGCCUACUCUCUUCCGCCCUGCUUGCCUCCGUCGCACCUGCUGAUGGCGAGACAGCGAAGGAGGGGGGAGAGAGAGCAGGACGCGAAGAAUGUCUGGUUCCAGCAGAGAUAGAGAUGAUCGUGGAGGGGAUGAAACUGGUUUACGCCAACGAAGGGGAGAAGGCAUCGGCAUGGUUCAAGGGCAGCUGUAAUGGCGUCGAGGAGGGAAAGUUUGCUGACAACUGCGCCUGUCACUACUGGGCCUUCCGAUCCCACACGGACGUGAACAAGACCGAGGAUGCUGAUAUAGCUUUCCGCGCAUCUCUUUCUCUCGCUCCUCGGGACCCCAUGUUGAGAUCGAUUCAUGCCGAGCGUCUCGCUCAGGGGCACAACUUCACGGAGGCGGCGGAUGAGUUCUUGCUGGCAGCAGAGCUGUUUGAGAAGGGAGGCAAGAGCCAAGAUAAGGAGGAGGACAUCAUGCGCAACUACUACAACGCAGCCACCUCCUUCGUGCAGGUAGGGAGAGCAGAGGAAGCGAUAGCGGCGUACCAGAAGGUUGUGAAGACGAGGAAGGGAAAGAGCAAGUGGGCAGUGUACAACUCGAUGGGACUCUUGUACUAUGACAUGAUGAAGGACGAGGAGGCGAUCUACAACUUCAAACUUGCGCUCAGCAUUGAGCGGAAUCAUCCUGCCGUCCUGCGAAACCUGGCGGGUGUUUACCUUCGAGCAAACAAUGCGAGUGAGGCAGUGGAGCUCCUGAGGCUGUCUGCGGAAGUAGAGCCCUCCUCCUUCGAGUCCUGGUUCUACCUGGGAGGGGCCUAUGCUCGCCUUGAGCAGCAUCGGGCAGCGGCAGAGUCGUUUGCUAACGCUACGUUGAUCAAUCCCAACAACUCGGACGCUCAUCGGUACCUGGGAGAAGAAUGCUUCGAGGUUGAGGAGUACAAGUGUGCCAUCGAUGCGAUGCGAACGGCUACGAGCCUCAUCUCAAAACAAUCUCUUUACGGGGGAUGCGAUGUAUUCUCUUCCUUGGGCCGCAUGCUCCUAGAGCUCGGCAGGUACGCAGAUGCCCUCACGGUCUUGAGGACGGCGCUUCAUCGCUGUGAAUGCACGUUUCAUCCCCGGCCGGACGAGUGCAAGCAAGAUCCCUGGCAGCUCGUCGACCUUGGAACUGCUGAGAUGCUGCUGGGGCUGUUUGCGGAGGCUAACUCCUCCUUCUCCGCCGCCAUGGAGGCGAGGAAUUUGACAUGCGCGUUGAAGUGUGUGAUGAGAGCAUGCCUCCUGGACCUCACAGCUGGGAUAGAGGACUUGAGUCAGGUGGGGGUGAUGCUGGAGGAGGAGUCCAGCCCUCCGUGGAUGGUCCAGCACCUCGAUGUUGACCAGCGACGACUUGCAAGGAUGACGGAGUUGUAUGCGAUGCAGAGCCAAGAGAUGAGAGGAGCAGAUAUCAGCGCGUUGAUCAGCAUUCUGCGAGUGACAACGAGCAAUCAGGCUUCAUUGCGACAUCUGCAUGAGACGAUCCUGUACGACUGGUGCAAGAAUCCCGUUGUGGACAGUGAGGAAGGGGAGGAGACGAGCGAGUCUGUUGAUUUCUUCGAUGAGCUGGGACACCGGCCGAACAAGCUGCGAGAGGUGGUUAUUGGUCGAGCUAACUCUUACGAGGAUGCUCGGAGGAUCAAUGAGGACCAAGUUCACGUUCUCGUCAACCUUGAUGGAUGGAAACGUCGGAACCGCAACGAGAUCCUGGCGCACAGACCCUGUCUGCUUCAAGUAACAGCAUUGGGCCAUCGAGGCUCCAUGGGCAGUGAAGUUCUCGUCGACUUCUUGCUUGCUGGCAAGAUUUCUGCUCCGCCGGAGUUGCAGCACUUGUACAAGGAGAAGCUGUCUUACAACACCUUCGGUUAUCUUCCUCCCUGCGUCUCGAGGAUCCUCCACGGCUCCACGCACGUCACGUGUGUGCCGGCAGCACACGAGGAGGAGAAGCGAGAAGAUGACAAGAAUCGAACGGUUUUUGGAAUGUUUGGUCCUCCACAAGCGACAUCUCACGAGCUUGUGAAAGUUGUGGAUGAAAGCCUGAGCAAGUCAAGCAACAUUAUCCUCUCCCUUCCUCCUCAUCCCAGCCUCUCUGUUGACAAGCUGGCUGCCAUCUUCCCCCAGUUGUGCUCCAAUCGUUCAAGUUCGCAUGCAGUCUGCAGCGUCGAUCAGCAAGUAGAUGCCAUGAACCGCCUGGGCCAUGUGAGCAUCGUGGUCGACACUUGGUCGAUCUCCUCCGGUCCUCUCAUAGGACAAGCGCUUGUGGCAUCCAAGCGCAUUAUUGUCUUUCCUCGAGAAAGCUUCGCCUCCCGCACGGGCGCUGAGCAUGCCAUCAUGAUGGGAUGCCAAGACUGUGCGAUACUGCGCGAGUCACAGGAGUUCCUUGGGUUUGCUCAGGCCUACGGUAGCAGAGUGGAGACGGCAGGGAAGGAGGCUGGAAGGAAGAGCGUCGGCACUCCUAACUACCCCCAGCUCCUCACAUCUCCUCACUGCCCGUGGGCCGAAGAUGCUGUGAGGUUAUUGAGAGUUGGGCUAGACCUGAAGCUCUCAACGGAACGGCCGUACCAUCUUGUCCUCUCCGUCUCCGUUCUCCACUGA